CUUGCGUGUCAUGAUUUGAUAGAUCCUUCAGCCCCGUCUAUGAUGUGAUACCACAGCCCAUGCUCGAUGGGGGCCUUUUCACCAAAGUAGGACGGGGGAGUCGGUGACUAGAUGGCUUCUGUCUCUGACACACAUGUGUGCCUCCCCCCUCUCUUCGCUCUCUCUGUCUCUCUCUCUACUUCCUCCAUCUUUCUGUGUUUCUAUGCUUCUGUCGCCACAGCAACCACCAAAGACCCAUAGGAGCGAGUCAUGCUCAGUCGCCUUGGUUACUUUACUCCAGCCGUUUGACAGUGGUGACAUCAUUGUUAUACUGAUUCAAGGAGAACUCUGUUCAUCUCCAUAGCCAUGGUCCUCUUUCAUUUUAUCACCCACUGUUUUUGCGCAAGUCUUUCAGGCCCACCUUUUCUCCUCUCUCACUGAAGAGGAUGCCCCCCCUCUCUCCACCGCCCAGGAAAUUGCUUUCCUGGUUCUGUUACCAUGCCAACUGGCUGCAGCCGCGGUCCUCUGCUGAAGUGAGUGUGAUAAUGGCAUUACUCUCGCUGGGCUCACCACCUCUCACGAGUAUCCUUUUGAUUUCUCUCAGCUUUUUGCUCUCCUUUGCGUCCUCUAUCUCUCUUUUUUCUCUAUCUCGCUGUGUAUCUGUUUAUCUGUCUCUAGCUAGCCUAUUCAUCCUCAUCCCUCUCAUUUUCUCUCCGCUGUCCCUCUAUCUCUUUUUAAGCCUUGUAGACUGGGUGAGUAGAACAGCAGGCACCACCGGCUGGACUCUCAGCAUCAGUGAGGGCGGUCCCUAUUCAAGCCCCCCCCUGUCUCUCCCCAAUACACACACUGACACACACACUUCCCCCAGCUUUGGUCCACAAAUGAACUGAGAGUAGUGUUUAACAAAGCCAGGAGGUUGUGGCUCCUAGGUCUCGGACUAAUCUAAUGGCGCGUAAAAGCCGAGUGAGCGAGUCUUUGCGUGCACGUAGGCGUGCUUGUGUUUGUGACAGUCAGCCUACCAUCGGCAGCGAAAGAGAGCAGAGCAGGGAGGGAGAGGUAGGAUGAGGGAGCGAACGUGAGUGAAAGUGGUGUCAGCCAUUUUAGCCCCCCCCCAUUUUUCUGCUUUAUUAUCCACACACAGGAGCUCACUGGAGGAGGAAUCUAUCUAAUUGGCAUCAGCGUAAAAAGAAAGAACGCACGACGCUCGAUUGUUUUUCUCUCCCCUCUAACCUUUUUCUCCAUCCCUGCGCUGCAAGACAGUAGCGUGCGCUCGGCAUUGCAGGCUGGGCUGUUCUCUCGCUGGAGUUAAACCCGGAUGCGGGGCUGCUGGUGCGUCUGAAACCGACGCCGGCUUCCUUCAGCAUCACCCCCUCACUUCCCAGAGAGAGAGAGAGAGAGAGAGAGAGCCCCGGUAGAUAGCCGAGAGAGGGAGGAAUUGGAGUAGGACGAUGGGGGAAGAGGCGCGCUGUAGCAUAGAGAGCUAGACCCAGAAUGUUACAUUUUAGCCCGGCGUAUAUUGUGUCAUUAUGAAACCAUUAGCAGCAGCAGCCAGCCAUGGAGUCCCGAGCCAGCAAGAUAAAAACCCGCUCCCCGCGGACUUCAGUCGACUCCACCUGGCCGACGGCUUGCACCCACAGGUGACCCACGUUUCUUCCAGCCACUCAGGAUGUAGUAUCACCAGCGACUCUGGAAGCAGCAGCCUGUCAGACAUAUACCAGGCCACGGAGAACGAGCCGGGCGACAUGGACCUCAGCGGCCUGCCCGAGACCGCCGUCGACUCAGAGGAGGACGACGACGAGGAGGACAUGGAGCGAGCGUCGGACCCCCUCAUGAGCCGCGACGUUGUGCGGGACUGCCUCGAGAAGGACCCCAUGGACCGCACCGAUGACGACAUAGAGCAAUUACUGGAGUUCAUGCAUCAGCUGCCAGCGUUUGCCAACAUGACCAUGUCGGUGAGGAGGGAGCUGUGUGCCGUCAUGGUCUUUGCCGUGGUCGAGCGGGCUGGCACCAUCGUCCUCAACGACGGGGAAGAGCUGGACUCGUGGUCAGUGAUCCUGAAUGGCUCGGUGGAGGUGACGUACCCCGAGGGCAGGCCUGAGAUCCUGUGUAUGGGGAACAGCUUUGGGGUCUCCCCCACCAUGGAGAAGGAAUACAUGAAGGGAGUAAUGAAGACCAAGGUGGACGACUGUCAGUUUGUGUGCAUAGCGCAGCAGGACUACUGCUGCAUCCUCAACCAGGUGGAGAAGAACAUGCAGAAGGUGGAGGAGGAGGGCGAGAUCGUCAUGGUCAAGGAGCACCGCGAGCUGGACCGCACCGGCACCAGGAAGGGACACAUCGUCAUCAAGGGUACGACGGAGCGUCUGACCAUGCACUUGGUAGAGGAGCACUCAGUGGUGGACCCCACCUACAUCGAGGACUUCCUGCUGACCUACAGAACCUUCCUCUCCAGCCCCAUGGUCGUGGGCAAGAAGCUCCUCGAGUGGUUCCAUGACCCAAGCCUCAGGGACAAGGUUACACGGGUAGUCUUGCUAUGGGUGAACAAUCACUUCAAUGACUUUGAAGGCGACCCCGCAAUGACUCACUUUCUUGAAGAGUUCGAAAGCAAUCUGGAGAGAGAGGUCCGUGUCUCAAAAAUGUGCGGCCAUCUUCGACUGUUAAACAUUGCCUGUGCUGCUAAAGCCAAACUGCGUCUCGUGACACUGACCAAGCCGUCGAGGGAGGCCCCGCUAGCCUUCACCCUGUUGGGGGGCUCUGAGAAGGGCUUCCGUAUCUUCAUCGACAGCGUGGAGCCCGGGAGCAAGGCCUCAGAGGCCGGCCUCAAACGAGGAGAUCAGAUUCUGGAGGUGAAUGGGCAGAACUUUGAAAAUGUCCAGCUCACCAAAGCCAAUGAGAUCCUGAGGAACAACACUCACUUGUCAAUUUCUGUGAAAACCAAUCUUUUAGUAUUCAAGGAGCUACUAGCCCGGCCGGAGCACGACCACGAGGCAGAGGGUGAGGAUCCGCCAGAGGUGGACCGCAAGAAUGGAGCCCCGGCACACCUACCCAAGAUUGGGGACAUCAAGAAGGGCUCGCGCUACUCCAUCCCUGACCUGGCGGUGGACGUUGAGCAGGUGAUGGGCCUGGAGAAGGCCAGUAAGAAGGCCAAAGCCAACACGGUGGGAGGAAGGAACAAGCUCAAGAAGAUCUUCGACAAGACGCUCACCAGCAUCCUGCCCCCAAAACCAUACAACGAUGUGGGCGUGGGCCAGUCGCAGGACGACAGCAUCGUGGGCCUGAAGCAGUCCAAGCAGAUUCCGGCCUCGCUGCCUGUCAGCAGCAACCUUUCUUCCAGCAACCCUGACCUGCUGCAGUCCCACCACCGCAUCCUGGACUUCAACAACCAACCGGCCCCGGUCGUGACAAACAUGUCCGACCAGGUGCUGCGAGUGUUCAAGGCAGACCAACAGAGUCGAUACAUCAUGAUUGGUAAGGACACCACGGCCAAGGAGGUGGUGGCCCAGGCCAUCCGGGAGUUCGCCCUGACCGCGGUGCCCGAAGCCUAUUCGCUGUGUGAGGUGUCCGUCACGCCGGAGGGUGUCAUCAAGCAACGACGGCUACCAGAGCAGCUGUCCAAGCUGGCUGAUAGGAUACAGCUCAGUGGCAGAUACUACCUGAAGAGCAACAUGGAGACAGAGACUCUCUGUUCAGACGAGGACGCCCAGGAUCUUCUUCGUGAAGGCCAGAUCUCCCUCCUCCAGCUCUCCACUGUGGAAGUAGCCACGCAGCUCUCCAUGCGUGCCUUCGAACUCUUCUGCGCCAUCGAGCCCACCGAGUACAUCGAUGACCUGUUCAAGCUCAAGUCCAAGACGGGCUCGUUUUGCCUCAAGCGCUUCGAGGAGGUCAUCAACCAGGAGACCUUCUGGGUGGCGUCGGAGGUGAUCAGGGAGCCCAACCAGCUUAAGCGCAUGAAGAUUGUCAAGCACUUCAUCAAGAUUGCUCUCCAUUGUAGAGAGUGCAAGAACUUCAACUCCAUGUUCGCUAUCAUCAGUGGUCUGAACCUGGCCCCGGUGUCUAGACUCCGGGGCACGUGGGAAAAGCUCCCCAGUAAGUACGAGAAGCUGUUUGGGGACCUGCAGGACCUGUUUGACCCGUCCAGAAACAUGGCCAAGUACCGCAACGUGCUCAACAACCAGAACCUCCAGCCACCCAUCAUCCCCCUGUUUCCCGUCAUCAAGAAGGACCUCACCUUCCUGCAUGAAGGGAACGACUCCAAAGUGGACGGCCUGGUGAACUUUGAGAAGCUGCGGAUGAUCGCCAAGGAGAUCCGCCACGUGGGUCGCAUGGCCUCCGUCAACAUGGACCCUGCGCUCAUGUUCAGAACCAGGAAGAAGAAAUGGAGGAGUUUAGGGUCUCUUAGCCAGGGCAGUGCCAACGCGGCGGUGCUAGACGUCACCCAGACGGGCGGGCACAAGAAGCGGGUGAGGCGCAGCUCCUUCCUGAACGCCAAGAAGCUGUACGAGGAUGCCCAGAUGGCCCGCAAGGUCAAGCAGUACCUGUCCAACCUCAGCCUGGAGACCAACGAGGAGGCGCUGCAGACCCUCUCGCUGCAGUGUGAGCCCUCCAUCAACACACUGCCCAAGAACGCUGGUGGCGGUAAGAGGCCAGACACGUCUCCGGUGGUGUCCAGGGCUGCCAGCCAGCAGAGGGGCCAGCUGCAGAAGGGCAACCAGGCCCUUCAGGUGCCCGCUGUGGCCCUCUACCCCUCCCGCAAGAAAGUGCCAGUCAAGGACCUGCCACCAUUUGGCACGAGUUCCCCUCAGUCGCUGAAGAAGAUCCUAUCGCUGUCGGAGGAGGCCAGCGAGCGUCACAAGCGUCAGACGGAGGACACGGUGUCUAAUGCCUCCUCGCAGCUCUCCUCCCCUCCCACCUCCCCCCAGAGCUCACCCAGGAAGGGGCUCGGGACACUGAAGGGCCAAAGUGUCCGGAAGGUUACCUUUACCAGUAAACAGACAGGCUACCCAAGAACGGGAGACACCUACUCGGACUCGGGUCACAGCGAGAUUUCGUCGCGCUCCAGCCUGGUCAGCAACUCCUCCUUCGACAUGACCCAGGAGGAGAGGAGGGGGCUCAGGCACUCAGGAGGGGUGGGAGACCCCCACGCUGGAGGGGUGCGUCUGGAGAGGAGGGCUACGACCGACCCUGAUCAGUACAGCCUUGGUUCCUACUCGUCCAUGCAGGACUGCCGAGGCCUGUACGCCUGCGCCAUGGUGCUCUCCUCCCCCAGCUCAGAGGAGUUGACCCAGGACCAAGGGGACCGUGUCUCCCUGGACGCCGCCGAUAGCGGCCGCGGCUCCUGGACCUCUUGCUCCUCGGGCUCCCAUGACAACAUCCAGACCAUGCAGCAGGGACGUAGCUGGGAGACCCUGGCCUUUGGACCGGGGGGUGUCAUCGGCGGGAGCAUUGGUGUCCACCCACCCGGGGGGCCUGAAGCAUUACUAGGGGGCACCGCUGGACUUUGGGCGUCCCAGGCUAGAGGUAGCUGGGCAUCGGCCUCUUCAUCUUCCUCUGCGGCGUACUGGGGCGAGGACUCCGAGGGCGACACGGGCACGAUUAAACGGCGAGGCGGGAAGGACGUGAACACCGACCCGGAGACUAGUAGUAUCACAUCGAUGGGGUCCGACGAGGCCAAGCAGCACGGAAGGCCUUCGCCAUCACCCAUCACUGCCGGAAACAAGGGCCUUAUCACGCGAAAGGAGAGCCGGUACCGCGAACCUCCUCCAACCCCGCCGGGCUACACUGCCCUGACAAUCUCUGACUUCAGCGAAGGGCAGACGCAGUCGCCGCCCACAGCCCCGGCCCACUCCGGCCGCCGCCCGCCCGAUUACACCACGGCCCUGCAGCGCUCGCGCAUGGUCACCCAGUCGCCUGACUCCCAUCACCACCACCAGGCCCAACAACAUGCCAAGCGCCAAGGGCUCCACCGCACCCGCUCGCCAGGCGAGGAGGAAGAGCCUGAGGAGGAAGAGGAGGGUGAGUCCUUGUCUCCCAAACUAGUCGCUCUGAGGAAGACAGUGGCACACACAACACCAGAGACAACCAGGCCAUGAGAUGAGUGUACGGGUUACAGGGCAGGUCCCCCUCAGGCUGAGAGGAUGAGCAGGUAUCAGCAGUCUGAGAACGGUCUUCUGCUGGAUGUCCUUUGCAAUGACUUGAAGUCCCUUCCAUGGGGGCGGAACAAGAGAGACUGACUGAUUGAUUGAUGGACAGACCAAUCCAGUACGUACGUGCCUGCCUGCCUCCUCUUCCGGACUCUCCGUCAUUGGUGGACUCCUCUGCUCGUACCCCCCCCCCCUCGCCUUAAAGCAUCAUGGGGGGUUGAAUGACCCUGCAUGCAACAAAAAAAAUACUGUGAAGAAGAAGAUGGAGAGAUGGAAAAAGAAACACAAAAUGCCUGGCACUUUGGGGGAAAAAAGAAAAACAAGUCAAACGGUUUUGCUGAAGAAGAAAAAAACGGCUACGUGCGGCAACCACGUACACACACACACACACACACACACACACACACACACACACACACACACACACACACACACACACACACACACACACACACACACACACACACACACACACACAGCUGUCAUGGAACAGCUUUCCAAGGCUAACCCCCUAUCCCAACCCCACCUCGCUUUACACACACAGUAUCAUGACGUGUUGAGCUUUGUCUGCACUUUUUAAUUUUCUACUUUAUAAAACGAGAACAAAAUGGACAAUGACGAUGGAGGGGAAAAAAAAAACAUUUGAUCAAUUUUUGAACUUUCUUCUAGGUUUCUAGAGGUCUUCUUUCCAGAACUAUUGCACUCGGGGAGGGGGGCUAAAAGUGGCUAUACCCAAGUCUCAUAUCCCUGUGUGGACUCUGAAAAACAGAUCUGUCAAUCUUAAGAGUUUUAUUCCACAAUGACAGUAUUAUCUUGUCCAUUCACAUAUCCUAAUGGUGGCUCAACCCCCACUGCUAACUGGACAGUCACAGUGAGAGAAAUAAGUUGGGGUGACCAAUAUGUCAUUUGGGGGGACCCACAUGCACGUUCAUAAUCUAAUGUUCUGACACACACUGGGCAAGUCUGGCUUCAGCACUUCUCAGUACAACUUUAGGUUUUAGUGCAACCCUCCAUUCCUAACCCUGACCUGGAUAUCUUGUCUAUUUCCGAUAUGGCCAGCCACAUCUUCAGUUCUAGGUCAUACGAUAUGUGGCAGGUUGUGUGGAUCAUAGCAGUGACCCAACUAGGGAGUCAAUCUGGCUAUUUGAUAUCCAUGUUUUAACCUAGGUCAUCUGGUGACUUAUAUUAAUUCUGUAUUUAGACAACAUUUUAAAGGACAACUACAGGAUAUUUUUCUUGGCUUAGUCUUGUCCCUAAUGGGUGAUGUUGUGAUGUUAAAAGAUAAGCACAAAGGGUAUUUAUACUGAUCGGCAAAUCAACCACCUCUGGGAAGGUGUUUUUAGUUAUGCACCCCAAAGGCAUGUCAAGGCUUAAAUCCUAUACAGGUGAAUGGAGUCUCAUGCCUUUCAGCGGUGCUGCAUAACCAAACGCUUUCCCUGGGUUCUGUCAACCAUUUAAAGUAACUGUCCAGUGGAAAUCUAACUUUAAAUCUAACUUUAAAUACUUCCCAUUCUGUUAACUCAUGCCCAAAUAAUGUUGACUCAUCCUAUCCUUGUAUUUGUCGCCAAACAUUAAUUGGAGUUAAACAUAUCAAACAGACCAUUUAAAAAAAUGUUUGCUAUUUCAUCACAGAGAAUGAUGUGCUGGUCUACUUGCAUGAAUAUGUUUUAUGACAGGUAUAUGCCCACACCAUUGGGGUACGCCCACACCAUUCCAACAACAACAAGCUGCUUUUCUUUUUUUGUUGUGGAAAGGAAAACGAUUUCACUCAGUGUAAUUAUUAUAGGUCAUAUUUCAUAGAAAUCUGGAAACGAAACACUGGACAGUUAAUUUUUUAGACGGAACUAGAAUACACCUCUCCUACCUUGCCAUCGGCAACAUCCCCCUCUUCAUCGAAAAGUCCUCCCCUAUUACAGGCAUCAAGAUCAAUGGAUUUGUAUAUUACCAGGCAAUGCUAAGCAUAGAGCAACCCGUUUUCCACCAUUUAUUAACACCAUCGCAAUUGACUGAAGAAAAUGAUUGAAUAUGUUUGUUUUGACUCCGGUGGGGAAGUUACCUAGAUGAAAGAAUUCACUUUGAAGGCUGCCAAUCAGAAUUAGUGUCACUUUUUAGUUUUUCUUUUCACUGAGUUGUGCUGAUCACAUUGAUCAGUAGUUAGAAACAAUAGACUGAGAAGGAGAAGGGGAAAAAAACAAGUGCUGUGUUUUUCACUGUGGGCUGUUACUACACUAUUUCUGUCCAUUUUUAAUAUUUUCAUGGCCGCCGAUAGAUUGUCAAUCAUGCGUUUUAAUACAGUGGUGACACGCAUCAUCAUUCACUCUUUCAGCUCUGAAGAUCAUGUGGAUAUUAGCAGGCCAAGGCCUAUUUGGAAAAACAAAGACGUUGCACAACAUUGUACAAGCAUAAAGAUAAUUGUAGUAGGUAGAACUGCUACUCCGUUUUGAUGUGUGAUGUCAAGUGAGAAGUGUACAUUUAGCUGGUGAUUUUUCUCAUACUUUCUUCUACUACUUUGACCUGUAUGUCUUUUAAAAAGACAGUCGGUGGAGUAUGUUUCGGUUGUUUUUUUUUUUGUAUUUUUAAUACAAUAAUUGUAAAUAUUGGUUAUAUUUUUGUUGAAAUGUACUAUGUUUAUGCCUCAACAUCCAGUUUGUAUGAAGCUGGGAAAUCAAUAAAUACUACAAAAGUUAUCAAUU